GGCGACGCGGUUCGAUUCCACUUUGCGCUCCCUGCGAGACAAUCGAUUCCCGUAAAGUAUAAAGUAAGGAAUCGAUAAUCGGCGUUACGAAUUACAUGGAAGCAAUCGAUUCCUGCUGAGAAGCCGGCUUGCGAUUUGCGGCGGAUAACGUGGGAGGCGAUGGCGGACGACGACGAGGAGGAGGUGGACGAGGGGACGAGAUGGAGGCCCAAGCUCGUCCUUCACGUCGACCUCAACAACACCGUGGUGGUGGCCGAUUCCGUGACGUCGCAGGGCCCAGAAGAGGCGCUCGCCAACUUCCUGCGCCUAAGGCUUGAGGAGGGGGAACCCCUGAGCAGUGACCCCGUGGUGGCCCCCCUGCUGGAGGAGUGGGGGGCCCUGGGAGGCACGGAGGCCGUGGUGAGGAGCGCGGUUAAACGGCUGGAGUGGAAUCACGGGGACGACCCCAAGCUUACCCUGCCCGGAGGCGGCGAGGGGGGGCCCCGCCGACCCCGCGGCCGCCUGUGCCACCUGCUGCUGCCCGGCUUCCUGGAGCUGCUGUGCUGGCUUGCGCGCUGGCGCCCAGGCUUCGGCCUGGUGCUGCGCACGUUCGGCACUGACCUUGAGGCGGCGCUGGGCGCAGUGCGGCGCGCCUUCGACGGACACCACCCGGACUUCCCCCAGCUCGCCCAGCGGCAGGUGGAUGUGGCCGUGCAGGUGGGGAGCGUGUGCCCGGGCCCCCGCGGGGUGACUCUGAGCAUGGAGGGGACGAGCGUGAAUAGCUGGGAGGACGGGAGAGCUCCAUACAGGGUCCUGUCGGCGCUCGUCGGCGUGCACGGACUGCAGGACGACUUCCGCUGGUGGGCAAGGCACGGCUUCACGAGCAAGGGGGGAAAGCCCCUGUGGGUGGACCCGUUUGACCCCAGCGUCCACCACAUCUUCAUCGACGACAACAUCCGCCCCGAUGACGGGAACACAAUCGUCAACCCACAGGUGUUUGCAGGGCCCGGCAGCGCACGCUGCGCCCCGGUGCCCACCGCCUCGCUCCUCGGCGUCUGCCUGGUGCGCACCGACCUGCUGGCCGCCAUCGUGGACCGCACCUGGUUCGUGCGGAGCGUGGAGGCCUGCGAGCGUGCCUACGCUCGCUCCCUCCAGGCCCGGGGGGGCCCUGCACCCCCCAUGACGACAGGGUGCCCGCUACUCCCCUACUCGCGGGGCACCCCCCCCGUGGCGGAUGAGGAAGAGCGUGUGCGCGACUGCGCUAGGGGCCCAGUUUGACCCAGCGGGCGCGGGUGGAGGGGGGGACGCGGCAGAAGCAUCCACGCAGGGCGUGCGGUGGCGUGCGGAGUUCGUGGCGUGAGUGCGGUGAGUGGGGUGAGAGUGGUGAGUAAGAUGAUUGUGGUGAGUGCAGUGGGUGGUGAGUGCAGUAUGUUGAGUGGUGCGAGUGGGAUGAUUGUGGUGAGUGCGGUGAGUGGUCUGAUUACGGUGGAGAGUUAGUUACCCGAGGCGCCUCUGUUGUAAUUUAUUAAAUCUCCAAAUGUAG